AUGAUUUCAUCAAUCACAGGGCAGCCCGUAUAUGCAGAAGCGACUGCAGACCCUCAGUACUGGGUCAGAAACAUGGUCUCUCCGGUCAAAUUCUCGGAUGCCCUAAGGUAUGCCACAGAGACUCUGGCGAAGAAGAGGCGAAAGCGAUUGGGCCAUGUCUAUAUUCCACAGGUCACGAUUGACGAUAUCCUCGAAGUCGGCCCGCAUGCAACCCUACGUUCCGCCAUUCAAGAGUGUCUCGAGAACCAGGGUCAGGCUGUAAAGCCAUCAUAUCUAUCAUGCCUCCGGCGAGGCACUCCUGCAUCCAGCGCAUUCUUGCAAACUAUCGGACAUCUCUUCACUCGCGGUUAUGCGCUAGAUAUUCUGGCUGUGAAUGAGCUGUCUAUGCAGCCAAGGCCCCUCGCAAUCGAUCUUCCUCCAUAUUCCUUCAAUCAUUCGCAGACGCACUGGAUAGAGAGCCGCAUCAGCAAAGCAUAUCGUUUCCGAAAAUUCCCUCGACAGGACUUUCUGGGAGUUCGUAAUCCAGACUGGAAUCCCCGCGAAGCUCGAUGGCGCCAUCAAAUCAGCAUUUCUUCAGAUCCCUGGGUGAAAGAUCACCGCAUCAAUGGCGAGGUUCUCUAUCCAGGCGCUGGUUGGAUUGUGAUGGCUUUGGAAGCGAGUAAACAAUUGACUCCGCUAGAUGAUGUGAUUGUGGGAUACCGACUGCAAGAUGUUAGAUUCUUGAACCCGUUGGGAGUGGCCGAGGACCGCUCUCAUGAGUGUAGUAUCACACUUCGGACGAUUGCAAGUUCAAACAUGCUCACUGCUUAUGAAUUUGUGGUUUAUACAUAUGGAGAUGACUCCACAACGGAGCUCUGCGCCGGCCGCAUUUCCGUUGUUAAGGACGCUGAUAGCUCACACGUCUUGUCCCAAGCCAACGUGCAACGCUUAUCUGAGGAAUCCGACGAGGCGUUCUCGGCUCCAGUCGAUGAGUUCUCGGGGCGCGAAAUCUAUGACGAGAUUCUGCCCGGUAACGGUGCAACAUAUGGUCCUGUCUUUCAGGUUCUCCAGCACAUUAAAGUCGCGUCUGGUGGCAGGACAUCUGCUACAUUGGACACACGAACCUGGAUGUCAGACCAGAAAACGACGCAGCCCACGUCGUUUGUCAUUCAUCCGGCACUCUUGGACAGCUUAUUCCAUGUCAUAUUUCCGUACUUCCUCUCGACGGAAAACCMGAACAACGCUGCACUUCCCAGCAAGAUUGGCCAUAUAUGGAUAUCAAAUAAACUGAACGGAAAUGGCGUUUCAGCAACACUUCGGGCUGGUGGGGAAGUCAAGCCUCGUGGCUUUCGUGGAGUCGAAGGAACCGUUGUCGUAACCGCUCCAGGUGAGACUGAGGUUCUCAUGGCGAUGGAGCGGGCCGAGUUGACGUUUCUGCGGUCAGUCAAUACCAUGGCCUCUUCCGAUGAACGACAUCUUGUCUCGGAGAUGGUCUGGGCCCCUUACAUUCCCUCGAUGUCACCCUCUCAGCUCACACAACAUUGCCAACAGCCAACAAGCAAUGUGUCUGGAAAUCCAGAGAGGAUGCGAGAUUUGAAUCUUGUUGCCCAUCAUUUCAUUCAGGAGCUAUCUGAGCAGGGUGACAUAAUCUUCCACGAGGCACGUCCAUGGCUCAAGAACUAUAUUUCAUGGGCGAAGGCGCGAUUCCAAGAWCGAAGCACAUGCGAGAUUGACUUGAAAAAGCUAGACGAGCUAAAGCGUAACCCCAAGCAAAGGGAACUGUUUUUGCACGAGGUCGAAACAUCGAGUCAUCAAGGCGCGCUACUCGUCAGCGUUGGCAAGCAGCUGCGUCAGAUUCUAAAGGGGGAAGUCGACCUUCUUAAUCUCAUUUUCCGUGGCAAGCUUGGGCAGGACUUCUAUUCCGAGGCAUUGGAAUCCGAUGCCCUCGUCUCGGGAUUGAAAUCUUUCUUGGAGUUGUUGACCCACCAUAACCCAGCCCUCAAAAUCCUCGAAGUGGGCGCUGGUACAGGAAGCUGCACUUCCUUGAUCCUCGAUGUUCUUCGAGAAAGAGGGUAUCCUAGCUUCGCGAGCUAUCACUUCACGGACAUCUCUUCGGCGUUCUUUCCCGCAGCUCGAGCCCGGUUUAGUGAUGUCGCAGACCGCAUGAAAUUCUCGGUCUUUGAUGUCGAGGCUGGGAUCUCAUCGCAAGAUCUAGACGGUGCUACUCAUGAUGUGGUCAUCGCUGGGAAUGUUCUUCAUGCAACACAGGAUCUGGAAGAUGUUUUGAGACGUGUGAAAGACCUCCUCAAGCCCGGCGGCUACCUUGUCUUGUUUGAAAUUACAAACCCUCUCUCAGUACGAGCACCAUUUGCUAUGGGAUUACUGGAAGGCUGGUGGCGGAAACAUGAUGCUGCGGAGCGUCUUAGUCCAUGUCUCACGCCCCUUGAGYGGGACUGUGCUCUCAAAAAUGCCGGGUUCGAGGGGGUCAUACUUGAGAUCAGUGAUGGAUUGGCUGGAAGCCUUCAUGAGAACUCUUUCCUCAUAGCUCGCGCGCCAAUCCUUGAACGUCCAAUAUACAGUGGGCCGUAUGCCUGGACUGUCUUGCUCGAUGGUGCUGUCGAAGCGCAGAAGGCGUUAGGGGCAGAAAUCUCGAGGAARUUGACAAGUCGUGGUACCCGCUGCUCGGAACUGAGCCUGAAGGCUCUGAUGCAGGGCACUGAGAUAUGCAAUACGGAUAACAUCAUGUUUCUUCUGGAUGUCGAUUCGCCAUUCCUUGUUAGUCUGGCAUCAGAGACCUUCGAGGCCCUGAAACGAAUCCUGACAACCGCCCAUAAUAUCCUGUGGGUAACGUGUCCUAGAUCGCGGGCGUCUGCCUCUGAUACUCGACUGGUAGAUGGUCUGGCCCGAUGUCUACGAUCGGAAAACAUUCGACUGAAUUUUGUUGUGGCGCAUCUUGAAGAGAAAUCCUCUGAGCAGAUGCGGCAUCUGGAUACGAUCAUGUCUCAUAUGAUUGACAAUGACCUUGCCGAGAUGGAGCACGAAUUCCGAGUCCACAAUGACCAAAUCGAGAUUAGUCGUGUGGUACCGUCAACUUUGCUGGAUCGUGGUUUGACCGAGAGAUUGUCGUCAACGUUGGAGAAGACUGUUGAUGUUAAUUCUCCCGCAUGUCUCGAGCUCAAGAUAGGUACCUACGGCCAACCUCAUACCUUGUACUACUCCGAAAAGGAUGACGUAUCGUCGAAAGUCAAGCAAGACGAUUUAAUAGUMAGGAGUAAGGCGUUCGGCUUCACGCACAGAGACUACCUGGUAGCGGUUGGGCAACUCAACGAAUGCGAACUCUGCUUUGCGGCGGCUGGAGUCGUUGAGAAGUCCGGUUCAAGGCCUGAUGGUUUUGAGGUCGACGAUAGAGUCUGCGUUGUGGGUCCCGAAGUAUGCCAAACAUUGCUCGUCUGCAACGCUACACAGAUCGCCACCAUACCCGACACCAUGUCCUAUGCCGAAGCAGCGUCAAUGGCGAUUCCAGCAAUGCUGGCGGUACACGCUUUGAUAGAUAUCUCACGACUCGAAGCCGGAGACAGUUUACUCGUACAUCACGCGAAUGGAGCUGUUGGACAGCUCUGCCUUCAACUGGCCUUACAUCUCGGUGUUGAGUUAUACGUCACAGUUGGGAAUGAAGCGAAGAAAUCGUUCUUGGCUUCCAAUUAUCACAUACCGGAGGACCAUAUCCUGAACCCUCGAAAAUUCCACCAGCAGAUCUCGCUACUUACGGACGGCAGAGGCGUGACUGCUAUCAUCAACUAUCUCGACACGACUGCGGAGACAUCCAUGCAAUUUCUGGCUCACAAUGGAAUUUUCGUGGAUCUCAACCUUGUGAGCAAAACUGGUAGCAAUGAUUUUAAUCUUGUCCUCCACGCUCGUAAUAAAAAUUCCAUGUAUGCUAAAGUCAACCUUGCUGAUCUAUGGAGAAAUCAACCCGCAAAAGCCGCACGGUUAUUUCAAAAGGCUUGGUGUAUGGUGAAAGAAGGUAUUUUGAUACCACCAAAGUCCAUUUCCACGGCGGAAAUUGGAAAUGAGGCUGAGUUGAUACUUCGAUAUGGUGAUCCGGAACAUAUUGGUCCCAGCGUCGUUACUAUUGAAGACUACUCUACUGUCAAGGUAAGUUGGUAA